CUAAGCAGCAUUAGCCAAGAAAUAUUUAUACAUAUAUCUCCCGAAACUGAAAAGUGUUAAUUGAGAAUGGAUUUGACUGGUAAAAAUGUGGUUUACCUCGGUGGCUUUGGGGGUAUUGGCCAAAAAGCGUGCGCCCAGCUGCUCGAGCGCCGGAUCAAGGCGCUGGCCAUAUUUGAUCUGACGCUGAGCGAGCAGCUCUUGGCAGCAUGGCAGGCGCAAUAUCCAAAUACUGAUAUAUUCUAUCAAAAAGUGGACAUCACCCAGAAGUCAGAGAUUGAGGCGGCCUACAAGGCAGCGGCUGAACGCCUGGGUCACUUCGAUGUGGUUGUGAACGGCAUUGGUCUGAUGAACGACAACUUUGUGGAGCUGACAAUUCAAAUUAAUCUGCUGGGCUUAAUCCAAAGCUCCUUCAUAGCCUUGGAGCACAUGGAUAAGAGCAAGAGCGGUCGAGGUGGAGUCGUAAUCAACAUCUCUUCGGUGGCUGGAAUUCAACCAACUCCGCUCAUGUCCGUCUACUCGGCCGCCAAACAUGGAGUGACAGCCUUCACUCGAGGACUUGGAAGUGCGCAAUUUUAUGAGCAAACUGGCGUUGCUUUUAUAACGGUCUGUCCAGGGUUUACGGACACGCCUCUGCUCUUCGACAUGAUGAACAAGAUGACAUUCAAGCCUCGCACAACCAUCGACAAGCACACACACAAGGUCCAAUCUCCCGCGAUCUGUGCCUCGAAUCUCGUCAAGGUCAUCGAACAGGGCAAAAAUGGCAGCGUCUGGCUGCUGGAGCUGGGCGAAAUGAAAGAGCUCGAUAUGCCCGUUAUGUGGAGGCCAACGCUGCAGAGCUGAGCAUACUCCAAAUGCAAUAAAAAAUAUUUGAAAUAUAUCAAAUCAACUUUUCAGACUUGUUAAUUGUGCUAAACUCUCGCAUCAUUCGAAAAUCUCCCUCAUAAUCAACCACAGAAAUUUUUAUAUGCAAUAGAAUCAAACCACAAGAAUCGAACG